AUGUCUUGUCCCUCUGGGAAGAUGGCUCAGCCCUGCCCUGUGCUGCUGGUUUUUCUGGGCUUUCCGCUCCUGGUCAAUGCUGCCUGGCAGUUCCCAAAGGAAACAAAUAUCACAAGAGUCACAUCUACUUACUUCCCUCCCACCGUGGAGUUUGCCAUGCACACAUUCAAUCAGCAGAGCAAGGACGAGUAUGCCUACAGGCUGGUACGUAUCCUGAGUUCCUGGGAAGAGAAGGUGGAUUUUCCAACAGUUUUCUCCAUGAAGCUGCAGCUGGGCAGGACCAUUUGUAGGAAAUUUGAGGAAAGCAUCCACAUCUGUCCCUUUCAGUAUAGCUCUGACCCGAACAAUACCAUAACUUGUUAUUUCACCGUCAGCACCUUCCCCUGGACAACAGCUUUCAAGCUCCUUAAUCAAUCAUGCUUGGAGUAG